CACAUUUUGAAGUGCGUAAUCCAUAACAACAAAGAAAAGCAAACCUAUAAUUUGAGGGUCAUUCUUGGUGUACACAAAAUCUACACAAAAUGUGUAUAUCGCUUGUGUACACAAGCAAUUAGGAGGGUUUUUGACAUCAAAUUCUGCCCCUUUUUAAACGAAUUGCCUGAGUUUUUGUGUACACUUUGGAUGUUUUUACUUGGACUGUAAUUCGUCCCAGACCAGACCAGAUCAGACCAGACCAGACCAAUUCAGACCAGACCAGACUAAUUCAGACCAGACCAGACCAGACUUGGAUAGUUAUAAAAAUACAAAGAAAUCAGACUAGACGAGUACAAACCAGACCACACAGGUAAAAACAUUACAACUCAUGUACACUAAUAAUUUUUCUAAUUUGAUACACAGGGCCGUUGCUGAAUAUCUCUCAAGGGACCUUCCUUACCAGCUUUCACCUGAUGAUGCAUAUAUGACAUUGGGAUGCACACAGGCAAUAGAAGUCAUAGUGACAGUUCUUGCUACUCCGGGAGCUAACAUCUUGCUUCCUAAACCAGGUUUCCCAACCUUUGAGGCUCGCUGCUCUUUCAGCAGUCUUGAGUUUCGCCAUUUUGAUCUUCUUCCCGACAAGGGAUGGGAAAUGGAUCUUGAUGCCAUUGAAGCUCUUGCUGAUGACAAUACUGUUGCUAUUGUUGUCAUCAACCCUGGAAGCCCUUGUGGGGUUGUUUUCUCCUAUGAACAUCUCAAGAAGGUAACACUCAUUAGGGGAUGAGCUAAGAGAUCAUAUGGCUUUGUGUUUGCUGUAGAUUUUUUAUUUCCUCCUAGGGAAGGUUGAUUAGAAAUGCUAAGCCACUAUAACGCGAAAUACAGCACAUGAUAAUAUUACCAUUUAUACAGUACUUGUAAGCAUCAUUUUUGAAUGCUUAUGACUCUAAAACACAUCUUGUCACUCAUCAUCAUCAUUACCCCAGUGGCAAAGGCUUCCACCUAUGGUGCUUCAUAACAAAGUUGCACAAACAGUUUAGUGAGUCAUUUUGCUUUAUUCCAUCAUAUUUCCAAGUCAAAAAAUAAUGAGUUUUUGCCUCCAUCGCAAAUGAUGGAAAAAACAAAUCUAAAAAUUCACUUCUAAUACUGCAACAGCGCAACCACAACGCCGAAGUAGGCCUCAUUAGGCAAAGUUCAUCCGGUUUAGUCUUAUUUGCCAAACAAGUCUGUUGGGGUGCAAUCCAAGUCCACAUUGGAAAACUAAAGGAAAAUCAUCUUAUGUUUAAGUGUCAACUUAACUCUGCUAGAAUGAGGUAGCUGAGUUGGCGAAAAAGCUAGGGAUUCCGGUGAUUUCUGAUGAAGUUUAUGAACACCUCACUUUCGGGGAUAAUCCAUUCAUACGGAUGGCAACUUUUGGAUCAAUUGUGCCUGUGAUCACACUUGGCUCUUUAUCUAAGAGAUGGGCUGUUCCAGCUUGGCGAAUGGGUUGGCUAGUGAUCUGUGAUCCUACUGGUGCUCUUAAAAAUUCGGGGAUCACAGAACAAAUUAUGGCAUGUCUCAGUCUUUACUCAGAUCCCGCAACAUUUAUUCAGGCAGCACUUCCUAAAAUUCUUCUGGAGACAGAAGAAGAAUUCUUUUCCAAUUGCCUACAUUUACUUAGGCAAGGGGCGGACUUUUUGUUUGAGAGAAUGAAAGAAAUUCCUUGCAUUACUUGCCCACAGAAACCCGAAGGAGCUGUUUUUAUAAUGGUUCAGUUGAACACUUCAACACUGGAAGACAUUGAUGACGAUGUGGAUUUCUGCUUCAAGCUAGCAAAAGAAGAGUCUGUUAUACUUGUCCCUGGGGUUGUAGUUGGAGUGAAGAAUUGGCUUAGGUUCUGUUUUGCCAUAGAACCAUCUGCUCUAGAGGAUGGUAUUGAAAGGUUUAAAUCUUUCUGCCAGAGGCAUGAAAAGCGACAUUAAAAAUAUUCAAGCUGGCUAACAUUUUCAUGGUAUGGAGAAAUAAAAUUUGCAGUAGUAGACAUCCACCUUUAGUUUGUCAAAUAAAUGAUGUCAUAUGCUCGUAUUAUGUAUGGAGAAAAUGAACAAACUCUUGUGUAUUCCAUGAUAAUGAAGGCAUAAAUCCAGUUU